AUGCAGGCAGGAUCGCAAGCCCCACGUUUCAAGCUGGUGCUGGUGGGUGAUGCCGCCGUGGGCAAGUCCACCUUCCUCAUGCGGCACUUGUGUGGCGAGUUCGAGCGCAAGCAUAUCCCCACCAUGACCAGCCAGCCGCGAGACUUGCAGUUCUACACCACCAUAGGCGCGCUGUGCUUCGAGGUGUGGGAUUGCCCGCCAAGCCCCGAGGCUGUGAGGGAGUCGCUGGUGGACGCCAGCGGGGUCAUCAUCGCGUUUGACGCCAGCCAAAAGGAGACGACCAAGGGCGCCAGGUCGUGGUACAAGCUUGUGCGAGAUAGCGCAGGCGAGUCUCUGCUCGUGGCCGUGUGCGGCUUCAAGGCCGACUUGCGUGUGCGCAGUCGUACCCCGGUCAAAGUACCGGGUGUGCCCUACUGGCCCGUGUCUGCGAGGUCGAACUACAAUUUCGAGAAGCCUUUCCUCUUUUUCGCUCGAAGGCUUACCGGGUACCACCACCGCUCGCUCACCCGCGACACGUUUGAGUGCCCGCACUAA